AGCCAGAACGCCAUAUAGAUUGUGCGUACAAUAACAUCCUCCUCGUUGUUUGGGAGAGGAACGGUCUGGGCACCAUGCCCUCCCUGGCGGCCAUAUCCAAGGGUGAAUUCUUGCAGUUAUUCCAACGAUGCAUGCCUCCUGGAGGAUGGCCAGACACGAUCGCGGUAGCAAACUCUGGCGGUCCGGACUCUACGUGUCUGCUCUAUAAUCUGUCUUCACUUGUCAAGAAUGGACCAUCUGGUUUACCGCAACGACUGUUGUCGAUUCAUAUCAACCACCAACUGCAGGCGGCGUCGAAUGACAUGGCAGAUUUGGCUUCCAGAAACGCGCGAGCCCUGGAUGUCGAGCACCUCGUCUUCACUGUUCCAUGGUCAAAACCUCCGUAUCCAAACUUCCCUCACGCGGCAUCCACUGAAUCGCUUGCGCGGAGUGCGCGCAUGCGGGCUUUCUUCGACCUAAUGACCAGAGAAGGCGCGACGGUACUUGCACUUGGUCAUCAUGCCGACGACCAAGUCGAAACCGUGAUCAUGCGUGCCGCUCGCCAAAGCCGUUUCAUGGGCCUCGGUGGUAUGAUGCCCGUGCGGCGGUGGGGAAUGGGCGACGACGCAAGCGAGGAUCCGCUCGCUUCCUUUGGCAAUCAAGGCAUGUCCCGGUGGAUGGUACGACCGUUCCUGACUGUACCGAAGGCCAGGAUCCUUUCCACGUGUGACCAGAACGCGUUGAAAUAUACUAUUGACAAAACGAACUUCGAACCGUCUCUCACUGUGCGGAAUGCGAUUCGGCAUGCACUGGACUCCUCAGACGGACUGCAUUCAACGCUGUCGGACGUCGAAAUGAAUAUUCCUAAGCUGCUGAAGGGGAGUUUUGACAGUCCUCAAAAUCGAGAUGAUCUUCGUGAGAUUGUACGAUUGUCAGGACAGCAUGUUGACAUGGUCAACGGACAAGUCGACAACAUCUUGGCACGCUGCCUGCUGCCGACUUUACCGUCUACAGUGACACUACCCUCGGCAUGGCUGCAGAACAUCCCAAGUGAUACGCUCGAGGGUCUCAUGGCACGCGUCCUGCGCUAUGUUUCAUGCCAUCCAUGGGGUUCACGUCGCGCGCGAGCGAGCGGAUCCAGCUCUGCAUAUCAAGUUAUCAUGAACAGCGUAACACAAAAUGGGCCGGAAGUGCGACCUCGAUCGCCGUUUGUACCCGGGGCGUCCGUCUUAUUCAGACCUGGCUUCGUAGCUCAGGAUGGCAUCUUCCGGCAAGUGGAUCAGCAACCGGAAAAUAUGCGUCCUGCAUGGCGUUUGCAGAGAACUCCACCGCACGAGAAGAAUAGAUCUGAACUGGACAAGAAACCCAAGCCACUGUUGGUCAAGAUAGCCCCACUGCUCUCUCAAUGGCGACCAAAGCGCGAGGACCCGAUUCUGCUGUACGAUCACAGGUUCCGUCUCCACUUCGACAUGGCACGCAUCCCCCCAAGAGUCCUGUCUGUUCUGAGGGACAACAGUGAUGCAGAGAUUCAUCCUGGCGGACUAUCGACGCGAUGUAUUGGGUAUGUCCGAGGGAAAAUCGAAGGCGAAGGUACCCAAACAAAACUGGAUUCGUAUGAAGCUAGUGCGAUCGUUAGAGGCCAUAUAACGAUCGGCUGGAUCAUAUGACCGACAUUCUCUGAGUCCCUGCAUACCGCACGAAACAUCUUGAAGCAUCGACAUGAUGUGCUCGACCCAUUGGUAUGUCAGCCCGCACGUCGUGGGAUCGUCCACCCGCUGAGGCCUUUGCUUCAGUCUCCACCCAAGCUGCCUUCCUUACGGUGGUGUUUGUCGACGAUGGUUGAAGUACAUAGUGCGGCAUUUCUCUCUGGUGUUCAGCCAUUCCGACCGCUUCAUUGUAUCGACUGGCUCACGUACGGGUACAAAUCUAACUCAGCCAGACACGUCGGUACCAUGUCAGGAGCAGUGGACAACUCAGACGACGGUCACUGGAUUGUCUAAACAGGUAUGUGUGCGUAUGUGGGUCCCCGGUUCGCUUUUUGCGAUUAGCAUCACUACCUCG